CGUUAUUUGAUACAGAUGUCAGCGACAAACGGUGCUCCGGUCGACCGUAGUAUUCUACGUUAUCCGUAGUCUCUGGAUCUCAUAAUUGUAUGUGCCGCCGGUUUGAAGAGUCAAAACAAACCUGUGUGAUUCUGACUAGUUGCGAUAACAUUUCAUAGAAAAACUAACAACUAGCAUCAACAUGAGUCGAAGAAAAAGGGCGAAGGUGGAGUACAGGGAAAUGGAGGAAAAGUAUAAUCAAUUAGAAGAUGAAAAUGCUUCAGAUACAUCAGAAAAAUCUAAACCUGGGCUUGUAACGCCAGAGAAAAAGGUUGUACCUGAAGUGAAGAAGGAAUCUGAUACUCCUGUACCUCCAUCUGUCCCUACGUCAUCAGCACCUAAACUUGAAGUGAAAGAUGAAGAUGAUCAAGAUAGUGAUCAUGAAGAUCCCCAUGUGAAAGAAUUACUUAACGGAUUAGAAGGUGCAGCAUUUCAAAGCCGUCUUCCAUUUGAUAAGUUAACUUCUACGGAAGCAGCCUGUUUCCCUGAUGUUUCUGGUGGCCCACCACAAACUCAGAAAGUUUUUCUCCACAUUAGAAACAGACUUUUGCAAUUGUGGCUUGAAAAUCCCAAACAACAGUUAAUAAUUGAAAAUGCCUUGCCAGCAAUAGAACCUCCUUAUAAUAGUGAUCCUGUAUUGACACGUCGAAUUCAUGCAUUUUUAGAAAGGCACGGUUUUAUCAAUUUCGGCGUGUUUAAACGUCUUAAGCCAUUACCUACUAAAAAGUUAGGUAAAGUGAUAGUAAUUGGAGCAGGCAUUGCUGGUUUAGCUGCGGCUCAACAAAUGCAACAGUUUGGUUUAGAAGUGAUUGUACUUGAAGCAAGGGAUCGUGUUGGUGGUCGUAUUGCAACGUUUCGCAAAUCGUCGUACAUAGCCGACCUUGGUGCUAUGGUAGUUACAGGGUUAGGUGGAAAUCCUGUAACAACUCUUAGUAAACAAAUUAAUAUGGAACUUCACAAAAUUCGACAAAAGUGUCCGUUGUAUGAAAGCGACGGUCAAACGGUUCCGAAAGAUAAAGAUGAAAUGGUAGAAAGAGAAUUUAACCGGUUAUUAGAAGCAACGUCGUACCUUUCUCACCAAUUAGAUUUUAAUUACGUGGGUAGUGCUGGUUCAGGACAAGGUGGUAACACGCGACCGGUUUCCUUGGGUCAGGCACUGGAAUGGGUGAUACGUCUUCAAGAACAAGGUGUCAAGCAACGUCAAGUUGCUCACUUGCGUUCUGUUUUAUCGCUUCAAGGUCGACUUAUCACCAAUCAACAUAGGAUGAUAGCGAUUAUGGAUCGUUUGGUCGAAUUAAAUAAACAGUAUAAAGAAAUGACCGAAAGUAAAUUACAAACUCGAGAUAUAACUCAGGAAUUUGUUUUACGUUCGAAAUUACGUGAUCUUCAUAAUGCGUGUAAGGAAUGGGAUCAACUUGCGGAGCAGCAAAAGGAAAUUGAAGCAAAAUUACAAGAGCUGGAGGCUGCUCCUCCCAGCGACGUGUAUCUCUCCUCCAAGGAUCGUCAGAUAUUGGAUUGGCACUUUGCGAAUUUGGAAUUCGCCAACGCGACGUCGCUGUCGAAUUUGAGCCUGAAACAUUGGGACCAGGACGACGACUUCGAGUUCACCGGCAGUCAUCUAACAGUUCGCAAUGGCUACUCUUGUGUACCUGUUGCUCUAUCCGAGGGCCUGGACAUCCGGUUGAACACGGCGGCUAGAGCGGUGCGAUACGGGGUGAACGGGGUGGAGGUAUGGGCCGCACCAUCGCGCAGCCCCCAUACGAAUCACACGGUGUACAAAGCGGACGCUGUGCUGGUCACGUUGCCUCUCGGUGUCCUGAAGGCUUCCGCCCCGCCGUCCGCGGUCGCCUUCAACCCGCCGCUUCCGGAUUGGAAGUCCCAGGCUAUACAGAGGCUUGGCUUUGGCAAUUUAAAUAAGGUGGUGCUGUGCUUCGAACGAAUCUUCUGGGACCCGACCGCUAAUCUGUUCGGCCACGUGGGAAGCACGACCGCGUCUCGUGGUGAGCUUUUCCUCUUCUGGAACCUCUACAAGGCUCCCGUCCUCUUGGCCUUGGUUGCCGGCGAAGCUGCUUGCGUGAUGGAGAACGUUAGCGACGACGUGAUCGUUGGUCGUUGCAUCGCCGUCUUAAAGGGUAUUUUCGGCAACCAAGUGGUCCCUCAGCCUCGCGAAAGCGUGGUGACAAGAUGGAGAGCGGAUCCAUGGGCACGAGGCUCGUACAGUUUCGUCGCUGUCGGUAGUUCCGGUAGCGAUUACGAUCUCCUCGCCGCUCCUGUCGCACCCCCAGCCUCCCCUGGUGCUCCGCCGCCCCAACCGAGGGUCUUCUUCGCAGGCGAGCACACCAUAAGAAAUUAUCCAGCGACCGUGCACGGUGCUUUCCUGAGCGGCCUUCGAGAGGGUGGACGAAUCGCGGACCAGCUUUGUGGAAGCCCGUACGCGCCACCGACGAUGCCUACUUCCGGUCCAGCGUCGACGAGCAUGCCUUCCGCAACCACCGGUCCCAGCUCCACACCUUAGCGUUCCACCAUGGAAAACGCGGCGUUCGAUCGAUAACGCUUCGUCUCAUUCUCGCUCGUACCACGAAGAAACGAGACCCGCCAGGACAUUUCCUCCGCGUUUCUCGUAUCUCGUUCGAUUUAACGUCUCGUUAAGUUUACUUCUAUGCUCCGACGCGUAUACGAGCAUCAGAAGCGCGAUUUAGCUAGGAGAAUCUGACCACCGGUGACGAACACAAUCUUCUGCUACGAUCCUUCAUCCCUUUUCCUUUCUGUAUUUCAGUUGUAAAUAGUAAUACCGAAGGAUUCGGCAACCUCAUGGACGCCUGGGGUCCACGUGGACCCGUAAUUGAUAAGUAUUUUAAAACUACGCUUCUAUGAUUCUGUCGUGACUCCUAAUCUCUAAGGAAACUUUUAUUAACGGUAUAUUUGAAAGAUGCAGAAAAGUGAUCAAAAAAUAACAUUUAGCUUUUAUUGCAUUCGUUCUUUUUUCUUAGAUAUCAUUAAGGAGAAGUGAUAGAACUUAUACAAAGAAAGAAAUAAUUAUAUCUGGGCGAUGGUUAAGAUUAAUCGUCCCAUCUUUCAUGAUUCGUCCAUAAAGACAGUGUAUUUGAAGAGUGAUGCCAUUGAGAUUUGAUAAUCAUUAGAUACAUACGUCAUUUAUUGCCAUGAUCAUUAACUUAGUAAUUUCAUAAGAUCGUUAAAUUUAUUUUAUUUUUUUUCUUUCAUUAAAUCCUAAGAAUUCAUCCACUGUUGCGAUCCUUGGCUUUAAGAUUCCGUCUAUAACUUCCUCGAAGCUCAAUAUUUAUUUCCACUUGAGCUUGAAAAAGUAUUUAGCGAAAUCUGAACUCGUUAAACCUUGAGGAUCGUGGCAGAAUUAGAUUCAUAGAUCAUACUAUGAUCCUCGAUUUCCACGUUUGACGGAUCGAUGUCAAAGGAAUCUAUUGAAACUCGAGGAUCGUAGCACGAUUAGGUAUAUCGGUUCAUGAUAAGAGAGUCGUGCCUUUGCUACGUUCAACCUUCAUCCAUACCUGCGAAACAUUUAGCCUGUAUCAUAUCGUAGGAUCAUUUCAUUGUAAUCUUAGUGUAUUUUACCUUAUGCUUCAACACCUCUGUAUGCUUCUCGAGCGUCUCUGUCCAGACUUUAUGAUCCAGAAUCAUGCUUCCGCAAAUUUCAUUCAUCAUUAUCGUCAUCCAGCAUCGUUCAAGAAAGUUGUGCUCUUGUUUCUAAAUGAUGACAGGUAUUUUUAUGAAAUGGAGUAUCGACUGUUUGUAAAUUAUCGCGAGACCAUGAACGAACGCAUCUCUGAAGUGGCUAAUCGUUUGCUGACAUUAAUGAAAUUGUUGGAGGCAAUUUUUGUUGCUAAGUUAUUAGCAAUUUUAUUGAAGGAUUCUGAAUAAUUAAAACAUACGCCACGAUGAGAUGACUUCGUUCAAGGACCAUUUCGUUCUCGACUACCUUCGUCAGCGAGCGUCCCUGAAAUUCAAGCGGAAUUCAAACCGCUGCGAGUGAAAUCAGCGUCGAAACGAAUCGCAUCAGGUGUACAAGCGCAGUUAGCUCGACGUCAAGCGGAAGCGAACGAAAGCGUAUAAGAAAGUCGGUCGCGAAUCGUGCGAUCCAAGCGUUCGAAUGGUACAACAACGAUGAAUUGUAAGCAUCCAGAUACGCGUGGCAAUUAAAGACAAAGAAUUGUUAAAUAAUGAUGCGGUCAGCCACCUGGUUCAUCGUCUUAUUGCAUCGUCGAUCAAGCGUAUCCGACUCGCUACGAACAGUAGCUCCGCUAUCUCGAGACUUAUUCGUCAUCAGCCUUCUUCCACAUCAUCCUCGACGAUUGUUCAAGCUUCGUUCAACCGUUUCGACCCAAUUUUCGAGCGAAGAUCCCCGGUGAUCGAGUGUGACGCGUAUUGUGCGUCUCGAAUCUCUCGAGUCCCAGCUUCUUGCUCACCCUCGAGCCGGUUUUCCUCGUUGUCCGAGGAACACUUGGGGCGUACGUUAAGCUGCACAAUAAGAACUGUCAAUGUCUCAAGAGAGGAUCUCCUGGGCGACUAGGCAGAACUAGGUGAGUUGGACGACACGUUCUACCGCCACUCGUCGCCGGUUUCUUUGUCCAAAUGCGACGAGUCCGGGACAAAAAGUCCUCUACUGGCUUUCUCACCGGAAAGACCGUCUAUUUCUACCCGCGUUCUUCUCGAAGAUCGCGCCAUAUGUAGCUGACGACGAGGAUUCUAUUCGUAGAAGGCUCCGGGGUUUAAAGAAGACGUCAUCGUCAUCGGUAAUUCGUCGAUGGAAAGUACGCGGAGUCGACUCGAUUCAUCGAGGAAAUUCUUUCGAUCAUGGCGGUAAAAGGAACGUGUUAAGCCUCUGAAAACAGCAACAUUUACGGUUUCUCGUUUGUACGAACGAUCGCAAAAGUGAUGGAUGAUCUUUCAUUAGACGAUUUACGCGUGAGGUCUGCGUUCCCGCAAGAACCCCACACUACCAAAAAUUAAACGCACAAAUACUCACAUUAGGAGUACUUACAGGCUUCAGCGCGAGGCCUUUCGCCUGGGGGAACCACCUCGUUGAUCAUGGUAUCCCCUACGCCAGGUUAGUAUGGCGCGACCGGCCUUCCGGCCUCGUGAUUAGUCCUAUCGGUCGCGUUUUCACCUGCGAGAAAAGCGGAGAAAACGAAACUCCAUCCAUCGGAAUUUACGACAAGCUGUCGCGAUAGUCGACUGACGGAAUCGACGAUUUAUCGUUUGAUCGACUAACAGGGUGGCUGAGAAAAUUUCACGCUUAGAUCCUAUCGACCGUGCGAUCGAUCUUUCCGAGGGAAUGUUUAGCUGAAUUCCGAGGUUCGAAUUAUAUGUGGUUGAUGAAAAAUUGAAUUUUUAUUAUCCUGAACAGACGUCUAUGCGUUCGAGUUGAUGUAGAAAGAAGAUGUUACAAUAAAACACAUUGUCAAUUCAA